AUGGAUGGCGGCCUGAAUCUCUUUUACUGCCCAAGAUUGACAAUGAGUCGUACACGCGCUGACCGGAAAACCCCCUUCCUUUCACACCAUCAGCGAUUCCACACCGGAUCCGUCAACCAACUUGCCCAACUUCUUCGUGCAACUCCAAUAGCAAUGGAUUCAAUAUUGAGGAUUGUGGACCGUCUAAUCAACCGUAUAUGUCCUGAAGUGGAAGAAUACGUCCUCGCCAGUGAUUACGCGUUCCUCGCCAGCCUCACUGCUACCACGCUCUUCGUGACGGGGACGUGGUAUAACGCUAUCUGCACGCUUAUCGCCGUCCUAGUCGAACCAAGUACCACUUAUCCUAUCGGUUCAGAAGGCAUGAUUGCUUCCCUCUGUUUGAUAGCUUCCCUCUGCAUGAUAUUGCUCUUGCAGCUCAUGAUCUUCUGGGAGGCACGACGGCUGGUAAAGAUCGACCUGGAAGUCGAACGCGCCAUAAACGCAUUGAUACUAGGACCCCAGCUCCCUCUGAACGAGGAUAUGGCCUACAAGGAAAUCUCUGACAUGCGCGUAGAUCAGUUCGAUGUCGUGGAUGUGGUUGGUCAAGGUCGAGGCGUUGUCUUGCUAUAA